AAGGAAUCCUGGGGGGUUGAGCCCGAGCGGGGUGGGGACUCCGGCAAGCAAUACGCCCCCUUUGGCCCUGAUUUCCUGCUAAACGGUAGCCCUGUGAUUAGCCAACACAGGGAAAUGGCAUUGUGUCCCGUCAGAGGGCCACAGGCGAGGUGUGGGGGGGACGGACUCGGCCAUGCUGACGGGGUGAGUAUGUGCGGAACACCUGGCUGACUUUGAUCAGGUCAGCCAGCCGCACAUUUCGAGCCCCCGAUGUCGCGCAGUGAGCUCCCAACUUCUGCACCUAUACUCUCCUGACAAUCCUGGUGUCCCGAAUGGGACAUCCCCAAAGGUGCGGGCUCCGUGGUGGGUGGGAAGUCAGGAGAGUGAAUUUUUCGAACUUUAAGUAUGGAUUUAAACGAUCAACUUUUAACCAAAACCCAAAACCCAAAACCGGCGGUACUCGAGGGGAAACCCAAAAGUGCCCCACAAACAAAUACGAACACACAGCGCCCUACGGUGAGUGGUAGGCCAAAGGGGAAACCCCAAGGUCAGCCGAGCACCGAUGCUGGUGCUAGCACCACACCAGCGGUUGUGGCCCAAACCCCAGGUUCUGCGGCCCCCGCUCAAAACCCAUCAAACGCUGCCCGAAAAAACAAGAAGGCCCGUCGUAGAGAACGCGAGCGACGCACUUCACACAACCCCCUGCCGAAGGAGGGAGAGGCGAGGCCCCCAGUGGGUGGCGCGAGUGGCCCAGGGACUGCAUCAGCACGGUCAAAUGGGUCGGUCGCGCACCCCACUGGAAGGGCCCCCCCCCCUUCCAACAGCAAACCGGGAGAGAGCAGGCAGAGGUCCUCGACCAUUGCCAAACGUGCCCGCCUUGACGAGACCAUAUCUCCUAGAGGCGAGCACAAGCGGCAAAAGGUUGAGAGGCCCGCUCAGCAGCGCACCUACGCCGAGGCCACCAGGCCCGAACUCAUGGCUGUAAUUACUUCAGCCAAAACUGGCUACAUACGGAGCCCCGAUGCCGACAUGGUUCAGGUGGCCCUAUGUCAGCGCCUCACGCAAGGAGCGGAGGAGUGCAGCGAGGAGGACGUCGGCCCACAGUUUCGUGGUAAACCUGUCUACAGUGACGGGUCCCUGAAACUGUGGUGUCAGGACACAGCCACCUUCCAGUGGCUAGAGGAUGCUAUUAGCACCAUCAGGCUGCCAUCCGGGGAGCCCCUCUCAUUGAAAAAUGGGGUGGAGGCUCCCCGGAGGGUGGUCUGUGGACUACUCAUCCCUGGUCACUGGGAGGAUGCGCGUCGAAUCGGCCGCAUCCUCAAGUGGCAAAACCCGUGGGCGGAGGCACACCGCUGGGUUGUUCACAGGCUGCAGCAGCAUAGUGGCAACUCCUUUGUAGUGGUGAGCCUCCCAGAAGAGCUCGUCCCCGCUGUCCUGGGGCAUGGCCGGCGCCUAACCUUCCAGUUGGGCACGGUCUACCUCAGGUUUAGAUCGAAGAGGGGCCUGUACACAGACGUGCCACCCGAGAAGACGGGCACAACAACGACGCGGAUGGACGUCUCCCCGGAGCCCUCCACCUCCUCCAAUAUUCCCGGAGAAGGUGAAGGGCCCUCCUCGACCCCCGUCUCUGCGGACGCCGCUGUCAAACCGGUGGCGACCAGCAGUGACGACGAGUGCGUGUUGGGGAUGGGAGACAUCCGACUGAGCGAGGACGUGGACGAGGAGCUGCUAUCAUCUGAUGGCGGUUUCCCCCUCGCUCAGUAA